AUGUUGACACGCAGUGCUGCAAGAAAAAGUGGCACGAACAUAAAGAAUACUAUGUCUGAUUUAGUUGAUGUUACGGGAUCAUCAGAAAAUGUAACGGCUCCACAACUAAAUAAAUUAAAUCUUCCUAUUAUUGAUACAUUGCCGUCACGCUCAGCUGUUAUUAGCAGUACAUCAUCACCUCAACAAGGAAGCCCAUUGCUUAGUUCAAUGUCGCCUCCACUUUGUACAAAAAAUGAUAAUAAUGAGGAGUCUUUGGUGGUAGGACCAGAUGUACUCGAUAUUAAUACAAUGACAUGGUCAAAAACAAAAUAUGGAAAUGCCAUGAUUCUUAUUGCUGGCUAUCAGUACGUUAUUAUGAAUAAAGUUGAAUCAAAAGGUAUUACCAAUUGGAGAUGUAUUAUCAGACCAUGUCCGGAAUGUUUAGUUAGUACAUGUAUUGCAAAACUGGAAGCCGGUCUACUAUGUCGUGUUAAAAAUACUUCAAAAAGUGCUAAAAAGGCUAGAGGCAAGACGGAGCAAAUACGUCGUUUACACGAAAUGUAUACACAAAAAAAUGCAACUGAAAGCAGUUUUUUACAUGGACAAGCUUUGGUUGGACAUGUAGAUUCACAAUUACAAGUUGAAGCGCCUAAAUUAGCAUACUCUUUACAUGCUUAA